AUGCGCGUUGAUACCCUUCUUGGAAGGCAGUCCGACUGCAUCCAAUGCCCAGAUCCCGCGCCUUGCGCAUGUGCCGCCAACCAGGAGUGCUUUCGUAUCAACAGGUUGGGCCCUCUUCGUUCUCUCUAUUUAUUCUGCUCUUUAACUUUACUUUUAAGGGAUUGUUAUACAUGCAGUCAAACUAAAUGUGUAACAACGCAAGGGUCCAAUAGCAAGUCUUCGGGCGGUGUUAGCAAAGGUGCACUAGCUGGUGGAAUUGUUGGCGCUCUCCUCUUUUUCGCCAUUGCCAUUUUUUUAUUCCUCAGAUUUCGCCGAACGGCACGAGUUAGGAAAGCCUUGGUUUCCCGCGAAACUAAGAAAGACGUUCCAGUUCCGGCUGAAACCGUGCUCAAUCGGCCUGAUCCAACGGAAAAGCCUACUCCUCUUUCAGAUUAUAACAAUGUCAGAGUUUACUCUGCGACGUCGAACGCAACCGUCGAUGUCGGUCCAGAAGCACAAUCGUCGGUACCCCGCCCACCAUACACUUACGCCCACCAAGCUGGCCUUGCCAACCCCUUCGAUGACACGAAUUCCAUUCAAACGGCGGGUUCGGAGGGCACAAAUGUUAUACCCAUUGCUUUCGUACCAGCUGAUUCUCACCGUUCACCUCGGUCAGACGCUCAAACCCUUCCCUUAGCAACCUCCAUUCACCCAGUUCGACCCACUCGCUCACCUGAUCUUAACCUUAAUUUGGAUCAUGUCAAUGUCUCCAAUGAUAACCUUCGCACGGUGAACCCAUAUGCAACCUCCAUGCUUUCGGGUAUCUCAGGCAUCUCGAGAAAUUCAUACAUGUCGAAUGCAAGCUACUCAAGCGAUUUCCUGAAUGAAGCUCCGAUGAUCAUGAUGCCGACCAAAGGUGCAGUCCGUCAGGUUCUGGGUGUUGUCAAGGCCGAGGUGAUCAAUGCUGGGUCCAUUUCCCCUAACCCUUCUUCGGACAAUCUCAAGGUACCGACUUCCACCUUUGUCGCUAGGCCGUCUGUAGGUUCCCCUCUGGCAUCCACCUCAUUCGGUCCUGCAGAUGUUCCCAAGGAAUCAGACGAAAGUCUGGAGGUUCACGACCCAUUUAGUGACAGGCAUUCUUCUCUCAUCACCCAACAUUUCGCAUCACCGUCUCCUUCUACAACAACAUUUGGUCAGACCCCAUCUGUGCCGGACCGAGAACUCUCUUCUCCAGAUUGGGCUCCCAGCGAUCAUAAUUUACCCUGGGCUCAAUCUGGGGAGCCCAGUCGCCCAUCGAGCAUGAGUACGCAAGCAGGGUCGGUCAUAAACAUUAGCAGUGCCACUCGAGUCAACGUCGGUCUCAGAACACUGGGGAGUGGUGCCACACCUCGCUCGCCAUUCAGGACAACCAUGGGAAGACUAAUCAGUCCUUCGUCAGCUGCUUCGGGGACCCUCCAAGAACAACAACAGAGAGCUCUUGCACAUGCACAGGCCCAAGCGCAGGCGCAAGGCCUCGACAAGAGACGACCCAUCUCUGGUUCUUCUGCAAUGUCAGCGGCGUCAACGCGUGCCGACUCGAUCCUGGAAUCGUUCCCGUUCGUGCCACCAUCACCAAUUUCUGACCGUCCCAUACGGUCCCCUCCAGUCUCCCCGCUGGCUGACCAGUCCUUCGUCAACGGUCCAAGUUCUCCACUGGCACAACAUUCAUUCACUGUCGCCCCUCCAUCACCUUUAGCUCAUGAGUCUUCCAAUCCCCUUCCCGCCCCGCCUAACAGACGGAUGCUUGGUCUUUCCACAGUAUCCCAACUAUCGACAGCAUCGUCAGGUUUGGGAUCAUUCCCUUUCCAGAUUGACUCCGGUACCAGUGCCGAGAGCAGCAAUCACCCACCUUCUGCAUUCAACGGUCGUCAACGGGCGAGUCUAGACACCCUCGCCCUCACCAGCGACCUUUCCUCAUACCCCUUGGGCUUUGACCAAGACACCCUUUCUAUGCCGAGUCAACGCUGA